AUGAUGAAACUUUUACGAUUUUUAUUUUUAACGAUUAGUUUACUAGUGCAAUUAAUAAGUGCACAGCAGCUUACAGGCUGGCCAGCACUCGAUGUUCCGCCACCGAAUGUGACCGAAUAUACCGCACUUGUAAAUAUGAGUAUGGUUCCAAAUGCACCCAAGAAGACAACUGCUGAAGUAUCUGGAAAUACACCAAAAUGUCCAGCUACGGAUACUUAUUGUUAUUGGCCUUGUAAUGGUUGCGUUCGUAAUGAUUCUGAUAUCGUAUUUUGUCCAAAUGUAGGUGAUUGGGGACUCAGCUUUGAUGAUGGUCCAACUAAUUAUACAAUACCGCUACUUGAUUAUCUCGAUUCGGUAAAACUCAAAAUUACUUUCUUCAUUGUUGGUUCUCGAGUAGUCGAAAGUCCAGAUAUUUUGAAAAGGAUUGUUAGUUCAGGUCACCAAGUUGGUGUACAUACAUGGUCACAUCCAUAUCUUACUACUCAGUCCAAUGAACAAGUUAUUGCAGAAUUACAAUGGACUGCUGCAAUUAUAAAAAAUGUAACUGGUGUUACACCUAUAUAUAUGCGUCCACCAUUCGGUGAUUAUGAUGAUCGUAUACGUAGUAUAUGUACACAACUUGGGUAUAAAAUUGUAAUUUGGGAUUUAGAUACAAAUGAUUGGACUUCAGCUGAUGAUAAAUCUUUCCGAUUGUCAUGGAUUGAAAGUAAUUUUACCCAAUGGGUAAAGCAGAAUAGCACUACAGGACAUAUUUCCCUUGAACAUGAUUUAUAUAAUCAAACUGCAGCUCAAGGUCCAUUGGUAGUUCCUAUUCUUCAAACUGCAAAAUUUAAUAUUAAACCUAUAGCUAAUUGUCUGGGUCAUCCCGGAUUAUUUUAUAAAGAGAAUUCUACAACUAAUAUUGCCACCACUACUAGUUCAAUGCCAACAUCAACUAUUAGUACUCCAACUAAGCCUGCUGUUGAUAGUCCUGUUGCAUCAUCACAAGAUAGUAAAAGUACAAAAACUUCUUUAGCUGUAAAGAAUAAUUAUAAUUAUUUAUGGUCAUUUAUUUUAGGAAUUAUAUUGAUAGCUUUUAUUUCUUUUAAUAAUUUAUGA